AUGAAACAUAUGUCCUACGGAGCUGAACAUCGUACCAGUAUGUGGCCAAAUUGUACCGCAGUCGGCAACAAGACUGCCCUGACGGAUGAGCAAGUGUGGAAGACAUGUCCCUACGUCAACCGAGACGGUCAAGUCAACCCCGACCGCGUACUACCCAACGAUUUCCAAUCCUUCUUCAACCUCUCGGACGCUGUCUUGUACAACUCGAUCGCGGCAACAUUCCAGCAGGGCAACGGUGCCGCUAGCUCGAUCUAUUCGCAAAACGCUGCCGAGUUUCUCAAGACGUGGUUUCUCAACGAGACAACCGCGAUGAAUCCCAACCUCAACUACGCACAAAUGAACCGAGGGCCGAGCGGCCAGCAAGGAGCCUACACUGGUGUUCUAGACCUGCGCGGUUUUGCUAAGAUCGCUUCAGGGAUCCUUAUCCUACGCAAGAGCAAGAACGUUGACUGGACGGCAGACCUAGAUUCGCAGAUGAUUGGUUGGUGCAAUAAGUAUAUGGACUGGCUCAAGACUUCACCGAGUGGAAAGCAAGCCGCGAAGUCGGAGAACAACCACGGCACAAUUUUCGUCAAUCAAUUUGCUGCGCUGCAGCUCAUCGUGAACGAUGUUGCCGGCGCAGCAAGUUCUGCGAAGGGAUACUUCGACGGACUCUUCCAGGGGCAACUGAAAUCGAAUGGGGAUCAGCCCAAGGAAGCCACCCGCACUCAUCCAUGGCACUAUCGGAACUUCAACAUCGCUGCGAUGAUUACAAAUGCCCGGAUCCUCCGAUACGCCGACAAGACCUCGCAAUCGGGUUGGAAUGCCACGACCCAAGGCGCUGUAACCAUCCAAACCACACUUGAUUUCCUUCUCACCACCAGCCCCGCGGCAAGCGGCGAAGCCGACACUGCCGCGGAGGUCUACCCCAACAUUGCCGCUGUGGUAGCGGCCUACGGCGAUCCUGCAGGAAGAUAUGUUGGGUAUUUGAAGGCAACGGGCUUUGCCUAUGUCGACGAGCCGACGUUUUUGUGGGCCCACACGUUUGCACUGACUGGCGGCGAUUCAAGUAUACCAGCACAGCCGGCCAUGCGUCACGGUGCGAGCGCCGCUGUGUCAUGGAAGGCAAAUACCGCUUUAUCAGUGUGGGUCCUUGCUUUUCCUGGAUUGCUGAUUGGACUCGGGCUGGGGAUCUGA